ACGCGUGUUACUACCAUUGAUAAAAAUCUAAUCACUUUUUAUCGAAAUUUGUUAAAGAGGUUAUCUAUAUAAACCCUGCUGGACAAAAAUUUUUCCCGCGCAUACCAUAAUACCAUGGGCAUAUAAUACAAGGUGUGUACAGUUAUACUGACGUAACCUCAUGCUUCUCAAUAAUCUAUUAUAACUAUACUGUGUAUUUUGCAAAAUUAAUAAUAAUAAUAAUAAUUAUUAUAUUAAUUAUUAUACAAUGGAAUUACUUAAUGAUCCUGUUUUUAAAUUUAAAUAUCAAAAAUAUAAACGUCGUGUAAAAUUAUGGGAAAGUAAUUUUAUGGAAAAAUAUGGACGUAAACCUACCAAGCACGAUAUCAAAGAGGCCGAUGUUACAAUCAAAGAAGCUUACAAAAUGUAUUGGAAAUUGAAAACUGAAGCAUUGGAAGAAACCCUUAUGGAUAUUACAUUUAAUGAAGAUAUACAAACAAAUAUUUCAGUUAAAUCUCCACAACGACAAACUUCGACAAAAGUCGAAGAAAAAACAUUGAUCAAUUCUAAUGAAAAGGAUAGUGAAAAUAUUGAUCCAACAACAGCCUCGUUAAUUGAUGAACCUGAAAUAAAAAAUCUUAAAGAUGUAUGGAACACUAAUGUUUGUAAAAAUGCAGAUACUACAGUUAAAAAGAAAGAAUAUUUAACAGUUAAUAAAUCAUCAACAUUUCAACUAUCUAGAAACAAAUUUACUUAUACUAGUUUAAAGAAAAGAAAUCCUCGAAAAUCAUUGAAUCAAACUAAAGUUAAAAAAGAUAAUAAGAGUGAUGAAACUCUUAAUGAAUCAAAGAUGAAAGUAGAUGUAGUUGAAGAAGAUAUAAAUAAAGAAACUAAUAUUAUGUUUGGUGAUACUUUUAAAAUUGUAAACACAGAAUCAAAAGACAAUGGUCAAUCUUUAAAUACAAUUCAUCAAUUGAUACAAAAUCCAAUACUUACAGUCAAUAGAAAUAUAAAUCAAGGUUGGCUGAAUAGAUGCACGAAUGAAGAGAAUUUAAAUACUAAUACUAAUACUAAUACUACUUUACAAAGAUUUUCGAAUUUGAGUGAUUCUGGUACAGAAUCAAUGGAAUCUAAUUCUCCAAAAGAUUUGAAAAAACCAACAGAUGAUAAAUCAUUACAAUUAUCUGAUGAAGAAGAUUUUAUAUGUAACAGUGAUACUGAAGAAGAUGGUAAAGGAUAUAAACGUAUUAGAAAUUCUAACAAAAGACAAUAUGAAUGUGAUCGUUUAAUUAAACGUCCUUGUUUAGAAACUAAUAAUGUUUUAUCUAAUAGUACUUUGAAAAUGAAUAACAUUGAAACAAAUGUAAUAAUUAAUAAUACUGAAAUAAAUAAUGUUCCUAAAGAAUCAACUUUACAAAAUGUUGAAAAAGAAAUUGUACAAACGUGUGAUACAUCAAAGAAUGAUCAAAAUGAUUGCAAUACAGAUAAUUAUGAUAACAAAGAUACAUCCCUAAAGGAGAAAAAAGUAAGAAAAACGAGAGGAAGAAAACCUGCUACUAAAACUAAAAAUAAUACAACGAGUCAGAAAAAAUCAAAUGAAACAAGACCAACUAGACGUUGUAGAAUAAAACAAAAAGAUAACGAAGAAGAAAGUAUUAAAGAUUCAAUUACAGAUGACAUUGAUAAUAAUUCAAUAUUUGGAAUAGAAACUUUAGAAGCAGUGCCACGCAUUGCAAUUUGUUCAUCUGGCACUGGAGAUUUAAUCACUGAUUUUUCUAAUUCUGUUACAUUGUUAGAAGAUUCUGUUGUAUCUGGUAGUUCAAGUUCUGUUGCCAUUGAUGUCAAAGGACAAAAAAGUAAUAAAGAAAAAUUAGAAGACAAAAUUGCUAGUGGUAAAUUAAAUGAUAAUUUUGUUCGAAUAAAUUUGAAGAAGAAAGUUUUUGUACGUGGUAAAAAGUCAUUUAACUUUUCCAAAUAUAAGAAAAAUCAAUGGAAACAGAAAAAGAAGGCAUUGGGUUCGAGUGAGGAUAAUCUUGAUGUAAUUGAUUUCAUUGAGAAAAAUGGUACGUCGUGUUUUAAAUGUGGCGGAACUGGACACUUUGCUCGUUAUUGUACAGCAAUGAAAACUGAUAAUUUAUUACCUAUGAUUGAAACUGAUGAACUUGCUGAGUAUCCAAGUUUAGAAGAAGCUGAAAAGAUGGCUAACCAGAAUGCCCUUAUUGCACACAGCAAACAACCUAGUAAACUUCCUGAUAAACCACUGUGUACCUAUCAAGAAAAAAAUAUGGUAUUAACAUUAGAUGAUGAGGAAUAUAUUUUGGAUGAAGAUGAUUUUGCAGAUAUUAUGGAAGAAGAAGGAGAAGAAGAAAUUGAAGUAGAAAUGGAAACAGAAAAGGAAGAAGUGCAGGAAACUCCAGGUGUUCAUAAAAUUCCUGAUGAAUUGAUAGCCAAGUUAUGCCUCCCUGAAAUCAAAGUAUUAUCAGCAUUAUAUCCUUUGAAAGAAGAUGGAUCUCUCAUUGAUACACCGAAAGAAGUGUUUGAUGUUUUGAAAAUGUUUGGUCAUCAAAGCUUUAGACCAGGACAAGAGAAAGCAAUAAUGAGAAUAUUGUCAGGUCAAUCUACGUUGCUUACUUUGUCAACUGGUUCUGGAAAAUCAUUAUGUUAUCAAUUACCAGCAUUUUUAUAUUCUAAAUAUUCAACUUGUAUAACAUUGGUCAUUUCACCAUUAGUUUCAUUAAUGGACGAUCAAGUAACAGGCAUGGCAUCAUUUUUAUCUGCAGCUUGUUUGCAUACUAAUCAAACUCCUAAAGUAAGAGAUAACGUAAUGCGACUUGUAAAAGAUUCACAAAUCCAAAUAUUGCUUGUCUCACCUGAAGCAAUAGUGGCUGGUGAAAGAUCAACUGGAUUUGGUGCUUUGCUUAGAGAACUUCCACCGAUAGCAUUUGCUUGCAUUGACGAAGCUCAUUGCAUUUCUCAAUGGUCCCAUAAUUUCCGUCCAUCGUAUCUUAUGGUUUGUCGUGUACUGAAAGAGAAAUUUGGUGUAAAAACGGUAUUGAGUUUAACUGCAACUGCUACUAAAUCUACUGCUGAAAGUAUAGUUCAACAUUUGGAUAUUCCUGAUGGAAUGGCAGGUGUUAUAUCGGAUGUACCAUUACCAAACAAUUUGUUUUUAAGUGUAUCAAGAGAUGAACAAAGAGAUAAUGCUUUGGUUAAACUUUUGUUAAGCGACAGAUUUAAGGAAUGUUAUUCUAUUAUUAUUUAUUGUACACGUAGAGAAGAAUGUGUACGAAUCGCAGGUUUUCUAAGAGUUUCAUUACAAAAUGCACAAGAUGUUACAAAAGCAAAUAGUAAGAUAUCCCAUAUAGCAGAGGCAUACCAUGCAGGAUUAUCCAGUUAUCGUCGUAAAACUGUACAAGAAUCUUUUAUGAGUGGAAAAACAAGAAUUGUUGUUGCAACUGUGGCAUUUGGAAUGGGUAUUAAUAAAUCAAAUAUUCGUUCUGUAAUACAUUACAAUAUGCCAGCAACAUUUGAAGGAUAUGUACAGGAAGUAGGUAGAGCUGGUCGUGAUGGAUUACCAGCACAAUGCCAUUUAUUUAUAAGCUCUCAGGAAAAUAGUGACAAAUGGGAAUUAAGAAGACAUAUAUUUGCUAAUAGUAUUGAUAGGCAUACGAUCAGACGUUUACUUGCUAAAGUUUUUAUACCUUGUUCGUGUGCACAAUUGAAUAAAAAUGCACCUGAUAAAAAAUGUUCUGGUCACGAAGUUGCUUUACCUAUCGAUGAAAUUGUUAGAUUACUUGACAUUACUGAAGAAACAAUUUUAACUCUUUUAUGUUAUUUAGAACUUUAUCAUAAGAAAUUUUUAACAGUUCUUUCUUCUGCUUAUACCAAGGCUAAAGUUAGUAGUUACAAUGGUCCACAAGCAUUAAGAUUAGCUGCACAAUCGUGUCCACCUUUAGCUAUGGCAAUUGCAUUGGAUUUGAAAAAAGGUAUUUCUCAUGAAAAAAGUACCGUCAUAGAAUUCCCUGUCAUUGAUGUUGCUUCAAUCAUUGGUUGGGACAGUGGAGUGGUUAAAAAACAUUUGAAAGAUUUAGAAUGGAAAACAGUUGAUGGAAAACCGAAGCGUACUGCCAUAUCGGUUCAUUACACUACACUAGGUUUAAGAGUUAAAGCUCGUGGUGAUUUAACUGAAGCUGAAUUAGAUGAAGCUUUAGAUGUAUUAGUAUCUAGAACACAAUCACGAGAAAUUUCAUCUUUGCAACAAUUAGAAGCUGUUAGUAUGGCUUUUCAAAAGUACAGUGUAUCCAAAAUUAAUGAAUGUUUGACUGCGUCUGAGAAUAUUGUAAAUAUGUCAGAAGGACUGAAAAAUACUAUAAGAAAUUAUUUCCAAUCAGAUCAUUUAAAUGAUACUGUUUGUAAAACACAAGUUAAAUUAUUAAACGAAGCACAAAUAGCUAACGAUACACGUAGUUUAAUUCUGAGUUAUAAGGAUAGUAAUUUUAAUGGACGUGCAGUGGCACGUAUCUUUCAUGGCAUUCAAAGUCCAAAUUAUCCUGCAGUUGUUUGGAGUAAAUGCAGAUUUUGGAGAUCAUACAUAUCAUCUGACUUUAAUGCAAUAUGUCAAAUAGCAACUAAAGAGAUUUUAGCAUUACGUUAGCUUUGAUUAAUAAUUCAUCUUCUUAAAUUGACUGAGUAAAUUUAUUUUAUAUAUUCACAUAUAUGU